GUCUUGGACCCUGCAAACUAACUCACAACCGGCAAUAGAUGGAUCCUGGAGCAGGCAGCUAAGCCUUGGGCCUAACCCCCUUGGUCUAGAUUCGAGAUUCAGAGAAAAGCUCCGCGACUCUCAAAACCCCAGUCCUCGUUUCUCCCCCUUUCCUCCAUCUCCCCGCGCCGUCUGGCAAAUCAAACCCGACAAUUCGUGCCAAUAGCAUCACAAAGCAACCAUGUCUACACCACUCGACCCAGACCCAGUCGAAGUGACUGCGACCGAUAUAGCACCAGCGCAGCCAGCGACAACAACCACCACUGGGGAGACCACCACCACCACCGAUGGACCCGAAGAGACCACAACAGGCGACUCGACGGCCACCGGCUCAGUAACAACCGUGACUGUGACAGCCCCCGCAGAAACCAGCGCAGACACAAACACAGACACCGAUGCCGCAACAACAACCCUCUCCAUCCUCGCAAUCCCCUUCCCCACAGACCAAAACAUCCUCCAAUCUCUCGUCGGCAGCAUCUCCGCCGUCGACCACGAAAACGAAGAAACAACCAUCGUCCUCGACUGCGCCCCGACGGUCACCUCGUGCCUCGAGAGCCUCAUCCCACUGACGAUCACAACGGGCCCCUCAACAUUCAUAUACACAUGGUCGUGGGAUGGGCCCGGGUGGGGAUCCAUCCCGUCCACGGCGACCGUCGACUCGAGGGAGACGAUUGAAUGCGGGAUCGUCGGGACGCAGACCCUUGGGUGCUUGACGUCCCAUGUUGAUUCGUAUAGCGGGACUGCGUUGCCCGUGACGACUGCUCUGUCCGUUUAUGGGACGGAGGGGUUUAGUCGUGAGGCGGUGGUGAUUACAGCGGGGGUGGAGAAGCUGGAGACUGCGACGAGUGCUACGGCUACGUCGACGGGGGAUUCGGUGGAUGAGACGGGGGGCUCGACACCUGCGGAUCCGGAAGGGGACUCAGGGUCGGGAUCGGGGUCUUCUUCGAAGGCGUGGAUUGCGGGUCCGGUUGUUGGUGGUUUGGUCGCGGUCGCCUUGGUCGUUGGUCUCGUUUUCUUCCUGCGGAGACGUCGAGAAAAGCGAGCGGCUUCAGCAACUGCCGUAGCGCCGAUUGCUGAGCUGCCAGAGAAAGGCGUCUACAAGGGUGAACUACCUGCAAGGGAACCGGCUGCAGCAGAGCUGUCAGCUGUCAAGGGGCAGAACCAGAUUCAUGAGCUGGCGUGAUAGGGUACGGCAGGGAGUGAGAAUGCGACCUGGAAGAGUUUGGCAUGGAUAAUUGCUUUGCACUUGCGUUUAUUAUACCCAUUGUACAUACGAAUGCUCGUAUGAUGAUCGAAUGAGAAGAUGGAAUCCCAAGUCUAGUAUCAGGGCAACAUGGCGGCCGGGUCUGGAGCAGAGUGUUGCACGGACUCUAUGGCAGUGGAUCCUAGGCCAGGGCUCACUGC